AUGGUGAUGAGAAAUUAUCGUCACAACACCAUCAUCUAUUUAGAGCGUUUGUCAGAUGAGGAUUGUUGGUGUAUAUUUCAACGGCAUGUAAUUGAGUUUUCUGACCUUUCUGAGAUGCAGAAUGAUAUAGUCCGGAAAUGCAAAGGAUUACCUUUGGCUGCAAAAACUCUUGGAGGAGAUGGAGAUCAUAAACUUUGGAUGGCUCAGGGCUUCCUACCAGAAAACACGAAUGAAAGAAUAGAAGAUGUCGGCCACAAUUGCUUCCUUGAUCUAGUAUCAUGGUCAUUAAUUAAGGAAUACACACCUGAUGUAGAAGAAUUCAUAUUUGAGGAAGGUCCUAGAAUGUUCACUAUGCAUGACCUCAUCCAUGAUUUGGCAAAAUGGGCUGCAGGUGACCUCUGUUGUGUAAUAGACACUGUGAAUAAUGAUCUGAAAAGAAUGCGCCAUAUGUAUGUGACUGAGACUGGUGUAAAUGAAAUAUUUACGCACUCUACGUCUAUCUUCGAUGAAAAUCAGAGAGUUAUUUUCCAGAGUGUAUUGGAGAUCCCAAGUGUUGGAUUCAUCGUUAAACUUCACCAUCUAUCCGUUGAUUAUACCUGUUUAAAAGAGAUGCCGCUGGGAAUUGAGAAAAUAAAAAGCUUGCAGAGUUUAGAUAAAUUUGUCUUGGCACCUGAGGGUGGGUCGAGGGUAAGAGAGUUGGGGGAGUUGAAUCAUCUUCAUGGAAGAUUAAUUAUCUCUGGACUAGAAAAUUUGACAGAAGUUGAGGAUGCACUGGAAGCCCGAUUGCAUGAUAAAGAUAGUGUAGAUAAGUUGCAUCUGAAAUGGGUAAGUUGUUGGUAUGAGGUUGAUGACAACACUAAAAGAGAUGUUCUUGAGAAGUUGCGGCCUCACACUUCCAUCAAAGAGUGUAAGUUGGAUGGUUACAGGGGCUCGACACUCCCAAGUUGGUUGGGAGAUCCUUCUUUCACCAACAUGGUUCACAUAAGACUUGAGGAGUGUGAGAAAUGUGAAUGCUUGCCUCCUCUAGGGCAACUACCCUCGUUAAAGAGUCUUCUUGUUAAAGGCAUGAAUGGUAUCACAGAGGUAGGUACUAAAUUUUAUGGGUGUUGUACGACUCCUUUUCCAUCUAUGAAGACAUUAUAUAUUGAGGAUGUGGUGUCCUUGAAGAAGUGGGUGCACUCACCAGUUGACAACAACGGCGGGGCAUUCCCCUCCUUGAAAAGCUUUCCAUUAAGUAUUGUUUGUCAUUGCAAGGCGAUUUACUUCCUCAUUUGCCUUCUCUUAGAACACUGGAAAUCAAAGAAUGCGAAGUGUCACAUACAAGCCUUCCUGGAGCUACAAUUCCUGGAAUUGAAGAAUUUGUCUACUUCAACUUCUCGUCUUGAAGAACUCAGCGUUGAAGAGUGUGAGUUUAUUGUCUCUAUUAGUCAUAUUCCCUUGACUCUACAAUCAUUAGAGGUUGAUGACUGCGAGAAGCUGAGGUAUGUAGAAUUUAAUGAACUAUCUGUCUCGUGGAAGCGACAAUGA